UGAAGUUGAGAGUUUUUGAGGAUCUUGAUAAAAUACACGUUAUUAAAAUCGAGAUGAGUGAUCGUCAAAUUGAUUUCUUAAAACGCACAAAAUGUAAGAUAGCCAACGAAUCAUUAAAAAAUGACAAGAUAAUGUUGGUUCUUAAAGAGGUUGAAGGCGUUUUUGGCGCUAAAGGUUUGCAGCCCCAGUUGAUGUUCUUGAAGGAGGCUGGUAACGUUGAGGAAGAACGAGUUGUUGAAAUCAUAAAAUUGAAAACGUCAGAAAAGUUAGUAAAGAUUGAUGAAGAAACUGGAAAAUUUUUGGCAGAAUCCGACCAUUUAUCGACGUUUAUAAAAGAGCAAUUGAAUAAAAACAAGGUUUUCAUAUGCACUGAACUCGUGAAUCCAGAUAGCAUCUGGAUUAUUUGUGAGGAAUCUAAGAUGAACGAUGCCGAACAAGAUUUGAGAAAUUUAAUUGCCGGAAAAAAAAUUGGCAACGUCGCCUUUAAACCAGAGAUAUCCGCAAAAGUUCGUUUCCUACAAGAACAUUGUUGGGACAAAAUUAUGAACAAAAAGCAGAAAUUGAAAAAUGAAGGAGUUGAUGUUGAAAAAACUGCCGAUGCAAAGUCGCUUCGAGUGAAGGGAACUCCAAAAGGAAAAAAGAAAAUGAUAGAAUUUCUUGAUAAGAAGGCAGAGAGAAUUAAUUCAAAGACCUUCCUCUUUCCAAACCGGGAAUGAAGAAACAAAUGAGUUUUCAUGCAACAAAUGCCAUCAUUAGUGGAAUUGAAA